CGGGAGACUGGCCGUUCGGUCUCGCCGCAGCCAAGGGCCCGUUUCCAUCGUAGCACCACGGCCCUCUCCUCCAGCCCCGAGCCCGGCGCGGCUGCCCGGGGGGCUCCUUCAGGCUCCUUGACGCCACUCCAAGGGGCGCCUAUCUGGGCAUCGCCUGAGCCUCCAGCCAGGGGACUGACUCCCGGCUUCAGCUCUCCGGGCCACUGUAAGAAGUGCCCUUAUCACCCCUUGCCCUGUCCUCCUCCUCCCUGUACCAUCGAGACCCUGGUCCAGAGCGAUAGCCUUGGACCUGGGACUAGGCGGAUCCAAGACGCUCAGCCCCGGCACCCCACAGACGGGGCUCUGCAUCGUCUCUGAUAUGUCACCCACCAUCUCCCACAAGGACAACAGUCGGCAACGACGACCAGGGACUUUCAACCACCCUCUGGAUAUGAAGAGCGGUCCUCUGCUGCCAGGCGGCUGGGAUGACAGUCACCAGGAAUUGGUGGGCGGGGAAGGGGACAAAGAAGCUCUGCGGGAUACCGCCACUGGUGACUUCUCAAAAGCCCCACGGAGUUGCCGGGCCGAAUUAAGCAGCAUUUUGCUGUUGCUUUUUCUUUACGUGCUUCAGGGCAUUCCACUGGGCCUGGCGGGAAGCAUCCCACUCAUUUUGCAGAGCAAAAAUGUUAGCUAUACAGAUCAAGCUUUCUUCAGUUUGGUCUUUUGGCCCUUCAGUCUCAAAUUGCUCUGGGCCCCGUUGGUUGAUGCAGUUUACUUUAGGAACUUUGGUCGUCGCAAAUCUUGGCUUGUCCCUACACAGUAUAUACUGGGACUGUUCAUGAUAUAUUUAUCCACUCAAGUGGACCGAUUGCUCGGGAACACUGAUGGUAGAACCCCCGAUGUGAUUGCUCUCACUGUGACAUUCUUUUUGUUUGAAUUCCUGGCCGCCACUCAGGACAUCGCUGUGGAUGGUUGGGCGUUAACAAUGUUAUCCCGGGAAAACGUGGGUUAUGCUUCUACUUGCAAUUCAGUGGGCCAGACAGCGGGCUACUUUUUGGGCAAUGUUUUGUUUUUGGCCCUUGAAUCUGCGGACUUUUGUAACAAAUAUUUGCGGUUUCAGCCUCAACCCAGGGGAAUCGUUACUCUCUCAGAUUUCCUUUUUUUCUGGGGAGCUGUAUUUUUGAUAACAACAACUCUAGUUGCCCUUCUGAAAAAAGAAAACAAAGAAGUAUCAGUAGGAAAAGAAGAAACCCAAGGGAUCACAGAUACUUACAAGUUGCUUUUUGCAAUUAUAAAAAUGCCAGCAGUUCUGACAUUUUGCCUUCUGAUUCUAACUGCAAAGAUUGGUUUUUCAGCAGCAGAUGCAGUAACAGGACUGAAAUUGGUAGAAGAGGGAGUACCCAAAGAACAUUUAGCCUUACUGGCAGUUCCAAUGGUUCCUUUGCAGAUAAUAUUGCCUCUGAUUAUCAGCAAAUACACUGCAGGUCCCCAGCCACUAAACAUAUUUUACAAAGCCAUGCCCUACAGAUUAUUGCUUGGAUUAGAAUAUGCUCUACUAGUUUGGUGGACUCCCAAAGUAGAACAUCAAGGAGGAUUCCCUAUAUAUUACUAUAUUAUAGUGCUGCUGAGUUAUGCGUUACAUCAGGUUACAUUGUACAGCAUGUAUGUUUCCAUAAUGGCUUUCAAUGCAAAGGUUAGUGAUCCACUUAUUGGAGGAACAUAUAUGACCCUUUUAAAUACUGUGUCCAAUCUGGGAGGAAACUGGCCUUCUACAGUAGCUCUUUGGCUAGUAGAUCCCCUCACAGUGAAAGAGUGUGUAGGAGCAUCAAACCAGAAUUGUCGAACGCCUGAUGCUGUUGAGCUUUGCAAAAAACUUGGUGGCUCAUGUGUUACAGCGCUGGAUGGUUAUUAUGUAGAAUCCAUCAUUUGUGUUUUUAUUGGAUUUGGUUGGUGGUUCUUUCUUGGUCCAAAAUUGAAAAAAUUACAGGAUGAAGGACCAUCUUCAUGGAAGUGCAAAAGAAGCAACUAAUGCAUUCACUACUGGACAUUCUAGGAAGGUAACUGUAGUUUCAUUUUAAUUCAGACAGCUAUGAUAAUCAGUGCACAGGAGUAUAAAAUAAUAUUUUAAACAAGGAAAUUAUUAAUAUAAAAUGCCAAAUGAUUAAAAAAUAGAGACUCUCUGUAUAGUUGAUUAUAUUUUCCUUGCCUUGUUAAUGUAUUUGAAGUUUACUUAAGGUCAGGAAAUUGAUUCUUAAAACAAGUUUUCUGGCCUUGUUAUUUGAUUUAUAUCUUUUUAAUUUACUGACCAAAGUAUGUUUUAACCUGCAGUGUAGUAGUCAUGGGCAGUAACCAUGCAGUCAAGUAUUGUUAUCAGUACCUAUCAUUGAACUGUAUUUAAAAUUUUAGUACAGUAUAUUAAGUGGAACAGAGCUUGAUAUUCAGGUGCUAAUUACAACUAGUCUGGCCUUGUUGGCAGUUAAAUCUUAUUUUGAAUUGCAAAUUGGUUAAAUUCUAUGUGGAAUUUGCUGAGAAAAGAAUGCAGACUACUGAAAUGCCAUUUUAGUUGUUAUUUUUCUGACCAUAACCACAUUGUACUAAUGAAUCUGUGUUAAAAAGACUAUUUUAAAUGUAUUUCCUGCUUUUGUAAGCAUUAAAGAUUUAUAAGAAGAUUAUUCUAACUAUUUUUUAUAAAAUGAAAGCUACGAUUUUUAGUUUAAUGAUUCCCCUGUCCCCCUUUUUUGGAAGAUAUUAUGAUUCCUUGUUAACUUUUACCCUAAAACUUACAUAUGUUUUUUGUCAUAAGUGCUUCAUGGCAUACAGACAGCUCAUGAAGGGAUCUAAUUUAGUGUUGUAUGUAUGUUUAUGGCAAAGUUUUGAAAAUAAAAAAUGUUUUUCUUCAAGCAGUUUUUUUUAUUACUGAGAGAAAAAAACAGUAAAGCUUUUCGAUUAAAUAAAAUCUAAAUGAUUAAUACCGUAAUUUUAAAGACUAUUGCUGAGAGAGAGAGACAAAGACAUUUUGUGCCUUUGACAAGUUAAAUUAUGUUGUGGAAGAAUGUUUCUUAAUUAAGCACUUUACUAGUGAGAAAAGAUCUCACAGUUACUUUAUGUGAAAUCAGGUACUGUAUUUCCACUUAUUAAAACACAACCUUCUGUUUGUAAACUGAAAUGUCUGGUAGAGGAUUGAUAUCCCAGGAAAAUUAAGCUUUUGAAUACAUUAGCAAUUCUCAACAUAUGUACACCCAGUGAUAAGGUUCUUUGCGUAUUUUGUGUUGUGUAUUACUCUGACUCUUUAGCAAUUAUGUAAAUCCUUCCAAAGUUAUAGAAAAAGAAAGAUUAAGUUGAGUCUGACUUAAUUUUAUCCUUGUGGGAAAACAUAUACUAAUUUUUUAUUUUGUUAAUUUUAUAACAUGGGUUGAAUUUUAGAGUGGGGUUUUAUAUAAGUAAUGGAGGAUAAAAUGGGUGGGAGAAAAUGGCACUCAGCAUCUGAAGAUAGAGGCAGUUCUCUAGAACUCAUGCAUUGCCAUUAGAAAGCCUGUGUUGGGCAUCGAUGUCAGAUUCUGAAGAAUCACCUGGAAAAUCAUCCUAGAAACAAGGAAGCUACACCAAACCAUACUCGACCAUACUUUGUCACAUGGGUUGUCCAUUAUCUUGUAUUAUAAUCAAAAUGCUUACUUGAAUAAAGAAAAGAACCCACUUACUCUCAUA